GCUCCCGCGCCGGGGUGGUGGAAAAAACUGCCGCGGCUGUUACCGGAGAGCCACGCAGAGAGCGCGAGCGCGAGGAGCCCCUGGCGAGGAGUUCAGCUGCGGACACACACACACACACACGCGGAUUUUCUUCCCUUAUUCCUACCGAGGACGACGUUGUCAAAAACCGGGAUUUUACGGACCGCCGAGAAGCGCUAGAAUCCGCGUGGAGGUUAUCGGCGACGGAAAAGGAGAGUUGGCCGUGGCCUCCAGUUGCCCCGUGGCUUUGAACCCUCAGCAGGUUCUGGUGCUUUCAGGCCAGCGGCACUCGACACAACGGCGCUGCGUAGCCCGGCAGGUCCAGUACCCCCCACAUUUGAGGCUUGAAUCGUGUUCAACCUUGUUGCACUACAGUCAGUUGCUGUAGCCUGUAGCUUCAUGGAGGGGUUUCCUGUCCACUGACUCAGCACGCUGCCUCACUGGACCAGCAGCCAUGUCUGCCUGCAGCACCUUCACCGAGCAUGUGUGGAAACCAGGCGAGUGCAAGAACUGCUUUAAACCCAAGAGUUUGCACUGCCUGGCGCAGGGCAGUGGAGGGAGGCCUCCAGCCGAGCAGAGGUCACCAACAAUUCCACAGCAGAAUCCAACCCCCGCUGGAGCCAGAGCCAACACUAAUCUUACCAUCAGCUCCCAGAGGGCUGGCAGUGGGUCUGCCCGCUCAGGACACUUCCGUCCACCAGUGGCUAAGAAGCCAACAAUAGCCGUUAAACCCACCAUGAUGCUGCCCUGCUCGUCUGCAGGACUGGAUUCAGAUGGCAACCUGCAGCAACCAACAAAUGUUUUAGAGCUGGGCAAAACGUCAGCCUUCACGGUCUGGAACCGCAAUGGACUGAACUGUAAGGGGCCUGGUGGGCCCAGUAACAACAACGAAGGAGAACAUGGCACCAAGGAGAUUGAAGGUUAUGGACUCCUUAGCCCAAGGACCCCCAGUGGAAAUAACAACAGUGGACUUACAGAUGUCCUAAAAGAAAUCGCUGGGUUAGGCCCUGGCCCCAGCAGCCCACCGCUUUCCGGUUCCAAGGACUUGUUUUGGGGAAGAAUCAAUAGUUCAUACCGCCGGUCGUUGGAAAGAGGCCUUCCAGCGUCAAGCUGCCUGGCCAUGGGAAGCAUCUGCGGUGGUGGCGGCCCUGCUCCAAAGCGGGUGUUGCUUAGUGAUAGCUCUGAGGUCAUCAGCACAGAAGGUGGUCGCUUUUGCUACCCCGACUUUUCCAGUGAAAGUGAAGAUGAUGAUGAGGAAGAUGAGGACGACGAAGAGACUGAAAGGGAGGACGAUGAACACGAAAGCUGGGACGAAAGUGAUGAGGAGUUACUAGCCAUGGAGAUCCGUAUGCGAGGCCAACCGCGAUUUUCCAAUUUCCGUGCUGCCACAAUGUCUCCGGUGCGCUUUGCUGCGGGAAAAAAGUGGAAUACUGUGCCGCUUCGCAACCGCUCACUACAGCGGAUCUGUGCAGUGGACUACGACGAUAGCUAUGAUGAGAUCUUGAACGGAUACCCGUCAGUAGACUCGAAUGGAGCCCUUCUUCCGUAUGGGCCCCAUGACAUGCAAGGCAGUGGUUUCCUAUCAAAUUCGGAGUCUACCAUGUCUCCGGAGUCGUCGUCAUCGCGACCGGAGGAUUCUCAAACAACUUUGAGCAGUGGGAGCAGUGCCCCCUUCACCCUUCCAAAUGGCUUGCAAUCUCCCACAUCAUCUAAGGGACCUGUGUUCUGCGCUGCUCCACCGAAGAAGGAGCCCGUCCACAGAGCACCGAGUCCACUUAAGGCGUCUGAAACACACAAGGCUGUCCUGGCCAUUCGGUUGGAAGAUCAGGACGGCAGAGAAGGCAUGCCGAUGCCCCUUGCCCUUCCUGGUCAACCCGUCACCAUCAGUUUUAGCCCCACAGAGGAGCAGGCUAAACCGUACCGUAUAGUGAAUUUAGAAAAAUCCCAGAUCUGCAAGCCUUACACUGUCGUGGACGUAUCGGCAUCUAUGGCCAACAAAGAUGAACAGACUCUCGACUCUACUCCAAAACCCCGAAACUUGUCGAAGCCUUCCAGCCCCUCAUCGUUUUGUAGCACACCUUUAGGUCACCUCCUGUCUCCAGGCUCCCCUCUCGCUCCUUCUUCUCUUGUGCUGCCAACAUCACCCACAUCUGUAGCAAUGCCAGGUAGCUCCCGCAAGAAAUCAGGGAACAUACGCUACCAAGAAGUGUGGACAUCAAGCACAAGUCCUCGCCAAAAGAUACCUAGAGUGGACUUGGAGGUUGGCAGCAAUCCUUGCCCCUCUGUCCCAACUCAACGCUGCAGCCACAAGUCAGCUCCAACUUCUCCAAUCUCUGGGCUGUCUUCAUCUCGAACUGUACCUGUGAAAUCUUCCAACUUAUCUGGGAUCAAGUUCAACAGUUUCAAUAAUGCAGGCAUGCCUCCGUUUCCCAUUAUAAUUCGAGAUGAACCAGCCUAUGCCCGCAGUUCCAAGAAUGCUGUUAAGGUACCUAUUGUUAUCAAUCCAAAUGCAUAUGAUAAUUUAGCUGUUUACAAGAGCUUCUUGGGACUCAGUGGGGAACUGCCUCAGCCAAAAGGGGGAGGUAGUCGGGUCACAAGCCAUACUUACGAAGAGAUUGGGUCCUCUGAGAGUGUCCAGUCCUCAUCGACAGAGAAAACAAUCUCUGGUAAAGGCACAUCGGAGAAAGUCUCUUUUGAAGACACAAAGGCUCCCCCUGAGGCAGUGUUCAGGGCACCAAAUCUUAAAACCACUACAGACUUGAACACUGUGAUGAACUCCAUAGUUGGAGCGCUGUCUCCGACUACAUCAGCGAAUCACCCUGCCAUUACUGCAAACCCACCUAAAACCAGCCCCGCCGCCAACGACGUUGCACACACUUGCAAGACAAGUGAGGACGUUCUUUGCAGUAAAGAUGGCAAUAAAGAAUUUGCCAUGUCCUCUGGGACAGUGGCCAGCCAUAGGGAGGAGGCCAGUGCUGUGCUUUUACAAAUUGUUGCCUCCAUUCAGCCUCCGCAGUCUCCUCCGGAGUCGCCCUUGAUACAACACAAUAACGACAGUUCCGAGGAGCUUUACGCCCUCCCACCCGAUGCCAUGAAGGAAAACCUCGCCCGGCCCAAGUCUCUUUUUUUCACAGCUGAUGGCUGUCUUUCCAAACCCAAGAAGGACCCGCCCUCCAAAGUGUUGUCCAAAUCCCAGAGUGCCUCUGCUGCUGUCCCACCCUCCAGCCCCCGGUCACAGCCGAAUGCCCCCUUCCCCCCUCCUAGAUCUACAUCUUCCCCGUACCACGCUUCAAACAUCCUCCAGAGACAUUUUGGCAACUGGACCAAGAGUUCUGCCUCCAGUUCUCCUGUACGACCAAUUGAAGGUGAGGCGAGUCCAGUUGGAGAGGGGAAACGUAUUUUGACAGAAAGCGCCAAACCCAAACGCUGGAUCUCCUUUAAGAGCUUCUUCCGUCGGCGGAGAGAUGAGGAUGAGCAGAGGGAGAGGGUGGAGAGGGAGAAGGACAAGGGCAAGCUUGUUGGUCUUGACGGAACAGUCAUUCACAUGCUUCCACCACCACCUGUCCAACAGCAUCAUUGGUUCGCGGAGGCCAAAGCAGAGGACCCCACACAGAAGCCGACCAUCAUCUUUACGUACAAACCAGAAAGUGGAAGCAGCCCUGGUGACGGAGAAGGAGAACUAAGAGUGGAGGAGUGCAGAGAUGCUCUGCUGACACCAAAUGAGAGCAAAGAAUCCGGCACCCUGAGCCCUGGACGAACAUCCCCUCUCAUCAGCAAGGAUUUCAGCCGGGUACCAGUCGGUGCAACCAGCGCCAGGGAUCAGGUGCCGCCCAGUGCCGCCUCCCCUCCCGCCAAAGUGAAUCUUGCCCUGCUGCUCGGAGAGGAGGAGGGAGCCCACGCCAGUGUGGUCUGCGCCUCAGCCAGCGAGGGCAGCGCCAGCCUCGGAGAGUCGGAGGAGGACGGGAGUCACUCCCAUCGCUCCCCGUCUCCCGCCUCCAGCCACUGCAGCGCCACGUACACCAACCUGGGUCAAUCCAGAGCCAACAUGAUCCCACUGAAACAGCCAAGGAACAUCAAAUCCUCCAACGACACCUUGGCCUCCAUGGACCUGGAUGGCUUCUCUGAGCAGCCUGCCCCGAAGGCCACGCCCCCACCACUACCCAAGAAGGCCGUGCCCCGCUCCAGUACCGAACCCAACCUGGCGGGCAAAGAGUCGCUCCUGAGACUUCGCGCAGAGGCGAAACCCGGGGGCACCAACCUGAGCGUCGCCAACCCCAUCUACGACUUGGACUCCACCUGGGAGACGGCGAGCCAGGAUUCCUCUCUCAGCUCCGAGCCUCAGUGGGCCCGCGGGCACGAGAGCGGCGACUCGUUGGAGAGACCCACGGCCGCCACGCCCACCGACAGGGGCCGCCCGAGCUACAGCACGUCCUCGCUGGUCGCGCAGCUGUCUGCUGGAACCGGCGCUGAGAGGAGGGCCUACCCGAGCACAGAGUCCCUGGCUGGAAGGGGCCGGACAACGGGCCGAGGCGCUGCUGCCGCCGGAGGCCCCAAACCCCAGAGGGCCGCUCUGUACAGGGGGUUAGACAGCUGGGACGAGGUGGUGGGGAAGAUCCGCGAGCUGCACACCGACACGCUGCGGAAACGCACCAAGUGCGAGGACCGCUUCAUGGCCGGUCAGAAGGACCACUUGGGAUUCGGCACAGACAGCUGGUCCCACUUCAGGCUGACCACCGGGACCUGCUGUGAGGCGGGGGACGCCGUGUACUACACCGCCUCCUACGCCAAGGACCCGCUGGUCAACUACGCCAUCAAGAUCUGUCGCAGCAAAGUGAAGGAGACCCAGCAGCAGUUCUUUCACAGCCUGGCAGUGAGGCAGAGCCUGUCCGUGCACUUCAACAUUCAGCAGGACUGUGGACACUUCCUGGCCGACGUGCCCGCGCGCCUGCUGCCCUGGGAGGAGGACGGCGGCGAGCAGGACCAUGUAGAUGGGCUAAAGGAGAACGAUAUCAAGACUGUAACCGAGGAGACGGACUCCCCAGCGCCGAGCAGCAAAUCGGAUGAAACCCCGUCGGCCGGUCACAUGAACGCUGUUGGCCGCUUGAGGAGCCGAGUGGUGGUCAUCACCCGCGAGGUGCCCUUCCAGACGGUGGCGGACUUUGUCAGGGACGGCGUGGCGCGACACACUCACAACCCGGAGCUGUACGAGCGGCAGGUCUGUCUGCUGCUGCUGCAGCUGUGCUCGGGCCUGGAGCACAUGAAGCCGUACCACGUGACCCACUGUGACCUGCGGCUGGAGAACCUGCUGCUGGUCCACUGCCAACCUGGCAACCCGUGGAACCUGGACGUCCUCGAGCCCAACAACAACAGCAGCAACGUCGGCGGCGGUUCCGGUGCGACCUCGGUCACCGCCGCCACCUGCCCGGCCCGCCUCAUCAUCAGUAACUUCUCACAAGCCAAACAGAAGAGCAGUCUGAUGGCGGCCGACCCCGGGACGCUGCGCGACCAGUCGCGCCUGGCGCCCGAGAUUGUCACGGCGACGCAAUACCGCAAGUGCGACGAGUUCCAGACGGGCAUCCUCAUCUACGAGAUGCUGCACCGGCCCAACCCCUUCGAGGAGACGCCGGAGCUGAAGGAGCGGGAGUACACGUGGGCGGACCUGCCGGCGCUGCCCGUCCGCUCGCUCUACUCUCAGGGCCUGCAGCAGCUCGCCAGGCUGCUGCUCACCGUCAACCCCUCCGAGCGCAUCCGCAUGUCUGAGGGCCGCGCCUGCCUGCAGUGCCUGCUCUGGGGCCCCCGGGAGGACCUGUUCCAGGCGCUGGGCUGCAUGUCGGGGGCCGCGACCAGCCAGCGCGAGGCCACCCUCCAGAACUGGCUGGACCUGAAGCGGACGCUGAUGAUGAUCAAGUUCGCCGAGCGCUCGCUGGACGCGGCCUGCGGCGUGAGCCUGGAGGACUGGCUGUGCUGCCAGUACCUGGCGUUUGCCACCACGGACACUCUGAGCCGGGUGGUGCACAUCCUGCAGCAGCCGCAGCCACAGCCGGCCUCACAGAGCCAGAACCAGAACCAGCCAGCCCACGCAGGACCGAGCAAAACUCAAACACACGGCCUCCACCUGACUGAGUCACAGCCGCUGUGAGUUUCUGUUACUAUGGAAACGGAUCGCUCCCUCUGAUGGAAGCUAAUCGGGAGCUUUGUUGUUGCAGCCUCAUUGUUCACUUCAUCGCUUCUUUAAAUGUUGAAGAGAUUUAACAAUUUAACAUGUUACGUUAUUCGAGCCACAGUUUAAUGGAAAAUAAUUUCUUUUCUUUUUCUCUUUUUGUGUCAAAAUUUUAGUGCGAACUUUGAUACCCUCACAGUAGUUUAACCACAGCUGCAUCAAAAGUUUGGACACUCAAUGAGAAAGCGUCCAAACGUUUGACAGCAACUGAAUUCAUUCAAAAGAUGAAGAUGAAGGGAGGUCAUUUAUAAUGAAGCAUUGGGGAGAAACUAUCCACAUGUGAUAUAAUCGAAUCCGAGUGAGACAUACAAAUAUGUUUGACCACUGUUACUAAAGAUCUGCCACAACGUUUACACUUCAGUGGAGUUUAUUACAAAAUGCUCACAUGAACUAGAUGACAGCUGAGACUUUGUGAAAUGAGAUUUGAAAGUUCAAAAGCCCUCAAGUUGACCCUUGAAAGCUGCUGUUUUACAGCAUCCUUUCUUUUCUUUCGGCUUUCCGUUUCCAGAUGUUUUAGACGCUUUGAAGUGGAGCUGGGCCACAUCUGCCCUGCAUGCUGCGUUCUGGAGGGAGUAUGUGCAAUGAAUGCCGCUUGUUUUAUUAAAGGACUUCUUUACCGUUAGUUUUGUGGCACAUAAACGGAUUCUCAUCGGCUCAGUGGAACUUGCAGGGACCGCAUAGAGGGUCUUGGUCCAUCUCGUUGGGUUUCGAGGGUGACGUUUGCACAUUGGGCGCCCGGGGGAGCAGCAGAAGCCCAGAGGACGUUUGUUGGAGUUUGUUUUUCGCAGCGUGUGGAAUGUAAAAGUUUGCCGUGAACUGAAAAGCGACAGUCGGAGCCGGUCUUGUCUGGAACCCAUCUUCCAACUGAACCACUUAGUCCCACAGGUGAAAGCCCUCGGCCAAUAGGAGGAGUCCAUGCGAUCGGCCCGUAGCGCUCAGCCCGCUUCCUGGGACGCCGUAACACACGCCUGAAGGCGUGGCAGCGCUCUGUUUACUUCAGGCGCCUUCCUGCCAACUCAGAAUUCUCAAGUGCACGUCCUAUUGGCUGGUUGCAGCUCAGCUUGUCACUGGGGGGGGGGGGGGGGGUACUGUGAUCCCUUUUGCUGCAGACGUACAGUACGAGUCUGAGCGGUUGCUGCAUUGAAGGCCGUGUGUGCGGAGUGUGUGUGUCCUCCACCUACAGAUUCAAGCCUUUUUAAAUAGUUUAUGUAGUACGAACACGUAUAACCCUCCUAUUUUAACCCACACGCUAUUUUGUCGAGUACAGAGCACCUCUUUCUGUCUAAAUAUCAUGAAUCCAUUGUGAAGAGCUUUACUGGGCGUUCUUAGACGUCACUUGUGUCGGGGGGAAGGAAAAGGGGGUUCAGGGGGGCUGUGGAGUAGUUAACACCGUCCUAAACAAAGGACACAUGAAAAAGAUCUUAUUCUGCAAGCAGCUCGCGGUCCGAUUCAUGUACAGAACCACGUGCAGUAUUUUUACACCUUGUUCUCUGUCGAGGAGAUGAACCACUUAGAAGGAAGACGUGUGAACGCACCAUUAAAGCCAGCGCGCUCGCUCGCCCUCUCUCCCUCCCUCUCUCUCUCUCUUGCCCCCUCCCCCCACCCCCCCCCCCCCCCCCCCCCCCCCUCUCUCUCGCUCUGCAUCGAUUGCCACUGAACAGAAGAAACCAGAAGCUCUCUGAGGCUUUUCUAUUAAUAUGUGUACAGUUUGUCUCGCGGCUUGACGCCAUUUAUUGUUGAUCAAGUUAUCCAACAGUAACAGAACAAUAAAUAUAUGUUUUUAUAUAAAA